GACGGCUGGUGACCUCCGCUCCCACCCUGUCUGUGGACUUCAUUGGGGGCGGGAUGGAAGUUCCUGGCCCCAAGGAUGCAAUCCCUCCCCAGGAAGGGGCCCAGGGCCCUUGGGGAGGGUGCUGUAGGCCUGAGGCCAGGCUAGUUCAAGGGACCAGGCAUAACCGUAGGGCCUGGGGAAUGAGCAGGUCAGUCCUGAAGGUGGGCACCUAGGGUCACCAGGACAAGGGGCCACAGAUUGCAUGGGGGUGGGGGGUCCCUUCAACCAAGUCAGGAGGAUUGCUGCUUCUUGAAGACCCCUUAUUGCCUGUUCCAGUCUGGUGUACAUGGGUCCUCCUGGAAGACCUAGAAGGUGGGGUGGCUCUAGAUUGGUGGGUCCUGGCUGCUGUCUUCUGCCCACAGCAGGUCCUCCAAAUCAAGUUUCCAUAAACUGCCUAUCAGGUCCCCAUCCACAGUGGUUCCAAAGCAGCUUCGGUUGGAUGUCUCAGAGACAGUCCCGCCCCUCUCCCACGCCCCAGGCUCAGUAAGUGCUGGACAAAGCCCUGGGAAAGCCCAGUGGCCCAGCCUGUAGCCUGACCAAGUCUGUAGGUCGGGAGCUCCUCCCAGCUGGUUUUAAAGGGGCGUGGCAAACAGCCAGGAGCACAAACUGCUGAGAAUCUUUGGCAUCCUUGGUCACUUGUCCUCACAAAUCUCCCUUCUAGGGGACAUUGUUAUCCCCAUUUUGUCAGAGGGAGUCUGAGAAGUUAAGUAACUCGGUGCAGCUCCUGUGGCUGGUGAGAGAGCAGAGAGAUUCCUGUGCCUGGCCACCAGGGCUCCUGGAGCAGUGCUAGAAGGAAGGUCACUGUAGGAGACCCAAGGCCUCCAUGGCCCAGAGAGUGGGAAGGAGCCAGUCACAACCAGAUGAAAUGAGAGCCCUGUGGCUGGCGGUGCUUAUAACCUAGGAAGGUCCCCACCAUCUAAGGGAACCUUUAGAGCCAGCAAAGCCAUUUCUUGUCUGAGGAGCUUAGAAGCCUUUGCCAUCAGGCCUGGCCAGCCUCAGAAGUGUCCUCGCUCAAACCCUUCUCUUUUCUGACCCACAGAUACCCAACUCCCUGCACACUUGCUCCCGUCCUUCUUGUCCUCUUGAUUACAUGCAUGGAUUGUCACUAAAUGACCAGUCCCCACUUCCAUAUCUACCAGCUUGGCCUCCCUCCAAGAGGACUGAAAUCAAUUACGGCAGUGCCUGUUUGCUGAGAAAAAGACCCACGGUGCCCCAGGCCCGUGAGGAGGAAAACCACUUGUCAGGCUGCUCACGCACUGGGGCGUGUGUGUGCUCUAGGUCCAGCCCCACCCAGACACCAGGAAGACCCUCCAGCCGCCCAGAGGUCAGCACACCCAGGCCCAGCAUGGACGUGCAGGACUCCAGUAACACGGCGCCACCUCGCAGCCCAUGAGGAAAUCCCUGCGGAGUGACUGGGCUUUGGAACCUGCCCAAUAAGACAGAGAUCAGGUAUGCAAAUGGAAGCUUUGAACUCUGUGCAGAGGUGCAACCAUUAGCACGGGAUCCUGCAGACCAAACCUCCCUGGGCAAAUAUCUCCAGGAGAACACGGGGCCCGCACCACCUGCCUUUCCUGGGGAGGGCGAGCUUCUGGCCCAUCUGCUCUGCGCACACCUUCGGGACAGAUAGAUCUCCUUGGCAAAGGCUGCCCCUAAAGAAUCCUGCCAGUGCUUGUCUGUUCCUGCCUUCUACGAAGCAUGGCACCCACAGGCUUCUGGGACGAAUCAUAGACCUCGAACCCCCGCGGCUGCUCUGAAAGGCCCUCCCUGGGGCUCACCCCACGGUCCCUCAGCUCCAGGUGCCGCCCAGCCUCUGCAAUGCCUUCUCGAGGCACAGCCCCAGCUGGAUGAGGCCCUUCCAGAGCAGGACCCAGCCUCAUCGCCCAGCAAGCCUCCCACACAGCCCCUCACCAGCUGCCAGGUCUGGCUGCCAGGGCAGACUGUAGAAUGUCUGUGCCCGAGAUCCAAGUGGAGGAAGUGGGUGAAGAAGAGGGGCUGGCAGGGGCCGCCGCGCCUCCUGAUGACCACCUCCGGAGCCUGAAGGCCCUCACCGAGAAGCUGAGGCUGGAGACCCGCAGGCCCUCCUACCUGGAAUGGCAGGCCAGGCUGGAGGAGCAGACGUGGCCCUUCCAGAAGAUGGCCACAGAGGAGAGCUUGGAGCAAGGAGAGCGUGGGGGUGGGGAGCCCCUGCUGCCCCCGAGGGAGCCCAGAGAGCACCCCCUGCCUGCCGGGAGCACCAGCCAGGGCGACAGGUCCCCUGGCAAGCUGGAAGGCUUCCAGAGUAUCGAUGAGGCUAUAACCUGGCUCAGGAAGGAACUGGCGGAGAUGCGGCUGCAGGACCAGCAGCUGGCCAGGCAGCUCAUGCGCCUGCGAGGUGACAUCAACAAGCUCAAGAUUGAGCAGACCUGCCGCCUGCACAGGAGGAUGCUCAACGAUGCCACCUACGAGCUGGAGGAGCGGGACGAGCUGUCCGACCUCUUCUGCGACUCCCCGCUGGCCUCCUCCUUCAGCCUCUCCACACCGCUCAGGCUCAUUGGGGUCACCAAGAUGAACAUCAACUCCCGGAGGUUCUCUCUCUGCUGAGAAGCCCCAGAGGGGCAGAGGACCCCAGAGGGAGGGAGCUGGGCUGGGCAGUUACCCAGUGGGGUCCCCCGGGCAUGCCCCUAGGACCUGGUGGAGGGAGGGUGCUCUUGGGAGGCCCAGCCAUGGACCCCAGUGUCUCCUGGCCCCCUCUUAUUCAGCACCCUGAGUGUGCAGAAGCUCCGUGGGCAGGGUCCCAGGUGCUCCACCUCAGUCCCCCACUCCUGGAUAGCUGGUGCUAUGAACUGGGACCCCCAAGGGAGCCCCCAAAGCUUGCUACUCUUAUAGAAAGCUCUCCCCAGGGGCGAUUAGAUGUGUUAGAAGCACCCAUCUCACACCGGUGCCACCCUCCAAGUCCUGGCUCAAAUUCGCCCUUGGUUGGUGACUUAGCAGCCUUGACAGGGACCCAGCAGGAAAGGAAACCAGAAAGAAGAGCAGGAUGUGGUGCUGGAACGUAGGACCCUUGGCCUGGCAGAAGCCAGUGCCCUGGUGGCACCACCCGGGCUGCUGUCAGUCUUGGGCCUGGGCACCGUGAGGCCAGGUAAAUGAGUGGCUGGGACGCGUGCUAGUUGUGCACUUGUGUGGCUGCGGUGGGGCCCCCUUGCCUCCCCUGGCCAUAUGCACCAACAGCUGGAGAGCACCUAGGAGGUGGCUGGCGACUGGGCCAGGCAGGUCGGGAACAGAUCACCCAUCACUGAGUUCCCCAGAGGGUGCACAACAGAGCCUCCAGGGAGCCCAGAAGCCCAUCCUGGGCCUCCUCUGAGACAGUGUCUGACCUCAACCGCCCACUUUAAUUGAAUAGACUGUAAUAGACUGUUACACUAACGUGUUGCUAACUUGUUUAUAACUGUUUGGUUCUCGUCCAAACUGGAAGCCAGUUGAGCAGGUCGAGCACAGAGCUUGGGGUUUGGCUUUAAGAGUUAGUUUCUCCCACACAGGAAGUGUGAGGGUGGGCAAGCAGGGAGCAGGUUGGCGAAGUCACCUGGUCACUCCCACAUGCCACAGGGUGACCCCAGGGGCAGGAGUUUUUAUAUAUUUGAUGGCAUCUGGCAGAGUCCUCUCCUGGAUAAAGGAGCAGAGUGAAGCUGGGGCAGGAGAAUGACUGUCCCUGGGUCACCCGGCUGUCCAACGGCUGUAGACUAUGAAGGUGUGAAAUCAUUGUGAACAUGCAUAGAGAGGCCAGCCACCUUGAACCCAAAGAUGCUUUGCUAAACCCAUAAACUGCCCACUCCCUCCACAGCCCAGCCCCCACCCUGUCUUCCUACUUUUUGAUCCAGAGUAUUUGAGCGGGAGGCAGAGCAGUGCCCGGAUGGUGGCCCCUCGGGUCCACGCCACUGGUCUCCAUCCUUAAGUAUCCUGACUCUCCAGGUUCCAGGUCCCUUAUUCUGCAGGCCACGUCCACACCCCCACAGCCCACCUGGUAGGAGCUGUAUUUGGGGGGGAAUGAAAUGGGGAAGAGCAAAUGAGGGGCCCCAGGUAGCAAGAAGAGAAUGUGGUGUCUUCCUCGUGACUUCAGGGAGACCCAAAGAAGGUAGAAGAGCAUAGCCAGGAUUUGUUGUUGGCCCUAAAUACCAAAGGAUUUGUCUGGCAGGCUUUCCUGGAGGCCAAAUAGCACGGCCAGGUCCUGAGAGGACUUCCCUCCUGCCACCUCCUUCCACACCGGUCCUGCAGGCCACAGGCCAUCUGCUGGCCAUUACCCACCCACCCACCCACCCUGCAGAGAACACACAGGAAAACCCAUCCCAUAUUCAGGAAAAAAAAAAAAAAAUAUAUAUAUAUAUAUAUAUAUAUAUAUAUAUAUAUAUAUAAAUGGUUUUCUUUUUAGAAAUCAGUCAUUAGAGUAAUUGAAAAAAUUGGAGUGAAGGAAAGUGGAGUGACAGAGAUGAAGUGGUCAGCACCGUGGAGUGGCUUGCGGCUGAGCAGCCCUCAGCUCUGUGGCCCAGCGGGGCCCCUACCUUUGUUCUCUGGAAGGAAGUUAAGACCCAGACAGAUGUUUGAGGAUAGUUUAGAUGUUUCAGCUACUUUGUUUAGUUCAUCCCAAGAGAAUUUUAUUUUGGGAUAGGAGGGGAGGUGGAGGUCUGCGAAGUGCAGGGAAAGACAGCUGUGCUUCCCCGUGUGGUGUCCCACACCGGUUAGCACCUGCCUUCCACCGUGAGCCCGUGACUAACUGAUUCCUUCAGCUUUGUGAAGUCCCUGCUGUGUGGCAGCCAGGUGGUUCCAGCCUCCAUCACUGACUUUCCGGCUUACCAUGCGUAUACAGUGCUGUUUGCAGAUUCAUCCAUGAGCCAUCUCUGUGCGCCCCCCCCCCCCAGGAUGUAAAACACCCACCAAGUCUCCACUGUGCUGUCACAUGUGGUCAUGUCCGAUGCCUUCGUAGGCUCAGUAGCCAUCACAGAGGCCUAAAGGGCCUGGGCAGGCUUGACCUACCCCUGUAGCAAUACCAAGUGCUAUUACAUAAUCGAUGGACAAUUUUAUUUUUAUGAUUGUUUCUAUAUUGCUGUUAGAAAAAGUGAAAUAAAAAAUUUCAAAAGAAGAUA